AUGUCGUUUGCUGAUCUACCCAAGUUUGAUGAGUUGAAAGACCCAAAGCGCUUCUGGUCAGCAGAGAAGGCACAUGUGGCACAAGUAGUCAAGUCCGAAGUCCGGACAGGGGAGCGAGUAUGCGUGAACUGGGAAAUGACAAGACUGGAAACGCCUGGAUUCAAUCGAUUCCGAUGUGAGCAUGAGAUUGUGCCGAUUCCGAAUUAUGAAGGCAUUGCCUGGGACGACAUCUGGCGCUUCAAUCCUCAGGCUUCGAGCCAGUGGGAUGGAUUCCGCCACUAUUCCACGGACAUGGGAGAUGGCACGAGAGCUUGGUACGGCGGCACCAAGACCUGGGAAUCCCUUACUCUUGACCAGAAGGAGGAGUACCGGACGCAGACCCAGACGCAAAAACACAGACACAGUGGCCUGAUCCAGAGCGAGGCAGUAGCUCGGUUCAUGUGGGACUACCAUAUCGUAGCUGUUGCCGGAGAUGGUGUCGGUGUCGAAGUGCGGCCAAAUCGAGACGAUGACUGGUCGAUGCACCACUAUUGUCUGGCAGGCUGGAGUGUUCCGAUCGGCGAAAUGUUUGAUCUGGAACGAUUGGCAGACUUGUGCAAGAAGCUGAAUCGGUGGACAUUCUUCGUCACUUUCCAGCCCACUGAACCAUCCGCGAGGAGUUCUGUCGCCGCCAAACUGCAUGGCGCUUUUCUAGGGCGAUGAUAUGGUGGACAGAGAGCUUGCAUACUUGUUGAAUGGGAAUAAGAUGUGCUGUUCCACUUCAUGUUCGUCUUCUCUGGAAUCGUGAUGUAUGCGUAUUUGCGUCGGCCAAGUCAGCUUGGGGUAGUCUUCGAACCAACGCUUCCCGCCUGGCGCCUUGCAUCCGU